CACAUGUUAGGUGGGCUCUGUUAUUUCCGACAGCAUUUGAAAGCAGCAUUGGUCCCUACUGUUUACCAUCGAGUGUCAGCUUCAGCUAGCUAGCCUUACCAAACAGAACCUUUCAACGUUGUGGUCAUACAGGAAACUAUCAACGGGUGGAGGGUGGCCAAAUGAGUUAAACCAAGCUAGCAAUGACUUUAAUACAUUGUUUUUAUUCGGUAAUAGUAGUCGUCCAACAGUUAGGUAGCGUUAACCGAGUAACUGUAUGUAGCAGUUAGCAUUUAGCACUGAGGCUCUCUGGACCCUCCUUAUGAACUUUUUUAUUGAUACGCAUUUCCCCGUUAUUAUUAUUGAAGUGUCACCAGCUGUAGGUUCUUCAAACCACCUGCUAACGCUAAGUAGCUUUUGUGUUUUGAGGAUGGACAAGUUUGUAGUGCGGCUUACCAAAGGGGGGACGCCUGCAAAACCAAAAGGCAACGAAAAGGUUUACAAACAAGCCACAAUCGAAUCUCUGCGGAGGGUGGUGGUGAUCGAGGACAUCAUGCGGUACAAGUCCAUCAUGGAGCUGCCAGACCAGAGCAAGGACGACCUGCUGACCGCCUUGACAGAGCUGAGCAAGAAGAUCCCAUCCAGGGAGGUGCUCAAGUCCACCAAGAUAGGUCACACGGUCAAUAAAAUGCGCAAGCAUCUUGAUCCUGAGGUGAGUUCGAUGGCUGCAAAGGUUUACACCGACUGGAGGACAUUCAUCGAGGCGAAUUCUAACAAGCCGGGUAUUGAAGUGCGCUCGGACACACAAUCUGAAGGCCUCAGGAGCAACGCAACAAGGCUGCUGUCUGAGGCCCUGGAGGUCAAGGAGGAUUCUGGUCUUAUAGACAACAUAGAGAGAGAAGUGUUUCACCAGAGCUCUCGGUUAGUCAGCAGCUCAUACAGACGGACUGUUAGAGCGCUGGUGUUUGCCUUCAAACACAACACUGAUAUCCGAACUCAAGUGAAGCACAACACAAUAUCAGUCAAACAGUUGGUCUCUAAAUACAAGAAAUAACUGGCAUUGAAAUGUUCUGGUGUGUUUUUUCAAAGUUAUGUUUUUUUAAUGCAUACAUUUUUCACUUGUUCUCAUUUUCUUUAUUUUCUGUUAAGUGGCGUAUUGUUUGGUAAUGAUAUUGUCAUCGCUUUGUACUGGGACUCUACAGUUUUUUUUCUUACUGUUAGAACAUUUUUAUACAAAAUACAAUUGAAAAUAAGACAAAGAAAGCCUCCGAGUUCUUUGUUAAGACCACACGAGACCAUAUAAUUGUGUACUAUAUAUCUUAAAGCAGCACUAACCAAACAAUAGCUAUCACCAUGAGAAUAACGGCGAGAACACAGAUGCUAAUAAAGACGAUGUCGCUCAGGUCGUGAGGCACAGCUUCCGGACCCCCUGUGUUGUCGUCGCUGCCACUGUCGGUUUGCUGGGCAGGAGGGCCUGCUCCUCGAGACGUCGCUCCUCGGCAGAAAUGAUCGACAGCGAUGCAACCUUCCACAAGGCUUUGCACUGCGCUCAAUAUUCUCUGUACCACCGUGCUCUCUCAAAACACUAUGGUUAGAAUUUCUUAUGACAAAAUUGCAGAAGAUAUUCAGAUGUUUUAUUCAAAUGUAAGUUUUCUAACCAUCGUUUUUCUGUGCAUACAAAACAUUUUUAAAUUUUAUGGCACAUCAGCAGCUUUACAAUGCUUUGUCGUGGUAAUGAUAUUGUCAUCGCUUUGUACUGGAACUCUACAGUUUUUUGAUCUGUUUGUUUAUAUUACUGUUAGAACAUUUUUCUACAUACAAAUUGAAAAUAAGA